UGCACGCCGAAGAUGCCGGCGGAUUUCUUCAAGUUGGUUUUCGGCCCCAGCCUGUUCGUGAGCCCAGUGACGUUCUCUCCCCUGGACCUCGGCUUGCCAACGUCCAGGGUGCGGCAGUACUUGCAUUGCUACUUCCCAAAGAAGCACGGCGUGACCAUGAAUCUGGAGGACUGCUUCAAGGACCUGGUCAUCCGCAAAUGCAUGCUCUCAUCGAGGAUCUACAUGCAGGCAGGCCCCAACGACCUCAAGAAGUUCAUGGAUGAGCUGGCGGACAAGCGCGGGCUCCCCCCCAGGCGGUCAGGUAAGACACACAUCUGCGUCGAUGUUAUGAAUUCGGGUGACCGCAUCCGCAUGGAGGGGUACAAGGAGCUAGCUAUCGAGGAGGAUCUCGACGGUGGCGGCAAGGCAGACGUGAGUAUCGACGCCCAGCAGGCUCCGGGGUUUCGCCCAUACGUGGGGUCGGUCAUGCCAUGCAUCAUGCGCAACAGCAAAAUGUUCAACUUGAUGGAAGGCAGGCUGUUUCACCCCAAGGAGCUUUUCCUUGCCAUGGGCAUCCCUAUACCCACGAUGGUUGACGACCAGGAGCUCGCGGAUCUGUUCGUCAUUGAUAUCAUCGACUCCAUGUCCAAUCGGGCUUUGACCAAGCUCGUUGGCAACGGCAUGGCGCUGCCAGCUGUCGGCAGCGUCCUUCUUUUCAUUAUCGUGAGCAGCGUCAGCAACUAUUCUGAGUCUGAGGCUGAGUCGCGGAUAGGCGCUGGCAUCCAAUCGCAGCUUACACGUGACAUGAGCAUGGAGAUUGACAACGAGUCCUUGGGAAAUGAUUCCUCACCUGAGCCCUCAGAUGACGAUGCAAACGAGAAGCCUGCGGAGACCCCGGGAAAGUCGGAGGCGUCCAGCAGCGCGGCCCGCAAGGCCGCGGCUGCUCUUGCCGCCAAGCAGAGGACGAAGGACAAAACUGUCAAAAAGGCGGUGCUGAAGAACAAGGGCCCAGACCGGCACAAAGCAAGCGGCAAGAAAGGCAAACGCUUUUGCGGGGGCUGCCACGAGACCAAGCCUCUUGACCAGUUCGCACUGAACCAGUCCAAAUGCUUCGGUUGCAAGAGAAAGCUCGAUGCCAUCGGCAAGAUGGCAAAGAGGCAAGGGAAAGAAUCGUGGUUCGCUACUCAGCGCGACGACUGCAACAAGUGCAAGAAGAUGCUGGACAGCUACAAGGAAGUUGCAUGUGAGGCCGAUGGGACUGCCAAGAAAAGCCACACUUGGAGCCUCGUCAAGUACAAGGAAUCGGUAGAGGUGUCUUCUGGUGUGAAGAACUACGCCCGCGGCAGGAUGAUGUGGAAAAAGCAGGCCACGGACUUCUGGCAGACAGUCGACGGCGGAGAGAUGACCAAGGAUCAAGCAAAAGCGAAGUGGGACGUGGAGUCGGUCAAGGCGAAGGAGGACGACGCACUCUGGGACAACGACGGCCCCGAGAAGGCGCCUCUCCGCAUCCGGGUCCACACCUACGACGACGUUGACUACGGCUCUUCCUUCAAGCGGAAGAAAGCCGUGGAUUGCCUGGGUCUUAGCAUAGCCUUUGGUCUGGAGUCCAGACCCGGCGCGUGCCCUGACGACAAGAUGGACAAUC